AUGGAGGUCCUGGUGGCCCCUGCCCGGCUUUGGGCCCGCUUGACAGCAAGGGCUGAGCAAGCCCUCAGUCGUGGCUUUCAGUAUGUGGGCAAGCUGUGCGCAAGACAUCCUUUGAAAUGCCUCUUCGUGUCCAUUUUAUUCUGCCUGGCGUUCGGCGCCGGAUUUACCCAGUUUGAGAAUGAGGAUGGGACUCGAGCUCUGUGGGUAGACCAACACUCAGAGCAGAUGAAGAAUCUCGAGUCUAUCGAAGGCCUGUUUUCAGACCCCAUUGGCAGCGAGGGUGGAGGCGAACGUCUUAUUGUAACUGCCAAAAAUGGUGGCAAUAUCUUGGACUAUGACACAUUCCUCGAUGUCUGGAGAGUUGUUGAUGACGUCCGUACUUUGGAGUUCAAGGGAGACGAUGGUGGGCUAGAGAGCUAUCCUUUCGUUUGUCACAGGGGAGGCACAGGCGACUGCAUUAUUGACGGCGUGCCGCGAUACUUUGCAACGCGGCCGCUUACGCAAGAAGACAUCCUGCGUGCCGUAAACCAGCCACAGUUUGCGGAUGGCAUGCCGACCUAUGCCGAAGACAGCUUGGGAGGCAUCCAAAAGAACAGCAGCGGCCAGAUCGUGGGAGCUUCUGCGGUCCGAGUCAUCUUCUAUGCCUGGUCCGACGGAUUUCAUCAGGCGUGGAUGGAUCACUUCGUGGAGAACUUCAAAACGAUCCAGCGCUACGAGCGGGUUUAUGUUUUUCUGCAGUCCGCUGGUUCCUUCGAGGACGAGCUCAGUCGCACUGUAAGUGCAGAUAUCCCGCUGUUCGCCUCUGCCUUUGUGCUGAUGUCUACUUUCUGUGCUGUUUUCAUUGGGAAGCCGUGCAGCUGGACUGCGAGCAGACGUCUCUUGGGUGUGUCCGACCUCUUACUCGUACUUGUAGCCUGCGUCGGCGGCUUCGGCAGUACCCUGUUACUUGGUGUACCGUUCACCGUCCUGACGCAGAUUCUGCCCUUCGUCUUGGUGGGCAUUGGUAUCGAUGAUGCCUUUGUUAUUGUCAAUGCCUUUGAUAGAACGGACGACUCUCUGGACAUUCCUGAGCGAGUCGGGCAAGCAAUGGGGCGAGUGGGUGUGUCUAUUACCCUCACAUCGCUCACGGACAUCGUUGCGUUUCUUCUUGGAGCCACUUGCGUCUUCCCGGCGAUACAGUUCUUCUGCUACUAUGCGGCUGUCUCUUGCUGUUUCGUGUGGCUGGUGCAUUGCACUGCCUUCUGCGCCAUGCUGUCUCUGGACGCUGCGCGCGCUAAGAGGCAGCUCCUGGAUCCGCUUUUCUGUGUGCCGGCAACGUCCUCCUGCCUUCCAGCCGAGCCGACGGACUCCGCGAAGACGGUGACACUCCUUUCAAGGAUGCUCGGGGGCAUUGUCCGCUUCUGUGUCCGUUCUACAUUAUCCAAGUUGCUCACAGUCUCUGUGUUUCUCGGCGUUGCUGGCAUCUCCCUCUGGCAAGUCAGCCUCGGCAUAGGAACUGAUUUCAAGCUCAUUGACCUGACACCGGACGGCAGCUACUUGAGCGAUUACUACACGCAGGAGGAGCGGUAUUUCGGUGGGAUCGCAAUUGGGCUGGCCGUGCCAGCAUCUUACUAUGUGAAAGGUCUCAACUUCAGCUCGCUAGAGGUCCAGCGGAAUCUCGAGCUCAUCGGUGCAGAGAUGCUGGCAAUGCGCAUGGUCAACGAAGAUCGGGGCCUCAGAAGUUGGCACACCAUCUUCAGCCUGUGGGCCUGGCAGAACCGUGGCAGCUUGGAUGUCUUGCCGCUGACGGCCUUCGAAGAAGUGCCCGGUGGGGCUUCCCGGCCGGGGUGCCGAGCGGGCCUUCCACCGAAUGUGAACGACUGUGUCACUCACUUCCUCACAGGGCCAACCUUUGAAGAUGCCGUGUUAACCUUCCUCGGAGAGGAACAGUUCGGCGACUUCUACGGGGAUCUGUAUUUUUCUUACAAAUAUGACGAUGGAUCCCGUAGACCAGAUGCCCGAGAGCGAGAGUACGGCUACACUGCCCGUGACGUUAUUGGCGGAGGCUAUGGCGGAGGCUCAUAUGUCCUGGACAUUGCGCGGCUGAUGGUUCGACACGUGGAUACCGCCAACAGCGUCGGGCAAGUCGAGGCCCUGGAGGAGGCCGAGGCCCUCACCCAGCGAUGGCAAAGUGCACUUCCAGGCAGCUUCAUGAACUCUUCCUCGUAUAUCUUCUACGACCAGUUCCGCAUCAUCGUAUCGCAGAUGACCACCAGCGUUGCACUUUGUCUGCUAGCUGUAACUAUCAUUAGCACUCUCGUCUUGGCACACCCUCUCUUGGUGAUGUCGGUCGUGCUCGUUCUGGCUCUGGUGUUCGUAAACCUGUUGGGCAACAUUAUACUCUGGGAUCUGGAUCUGAACACGAUAUCCAUGAUCAACUUGGUGAUGGCCGUGGGCUUGGUGGUAGACUACAGCAUGCAUGUCGCCCACAACUUCAGCCUUCAAGACGACAAGCUUGACAGGGCCGAACGUGCGGCACGUGCCGUGGAAGAGAUUGGCCCAGCUAUCUUUCUCGGCAUUAGCACGACUUUCGUUGCCAUGAUCCCUUUGGCUUUCUCCGCCAGCCAAGCGUUUCGAGUCUUCUUCAAGAUGUUCGUGGGCAUCGUCGUUGCUGGUGGCAGCCAUGGGCUGGUCUUCCUCCCAGUCUGUCUCUCGCUGGUGGGACCAGGUGGCACGGCAGAGCCCGAGCUGAAAAUCCAGCCGGAAAGCUAUGCCAAGAGCGUGGCAGCGGAGCAGAUUUCAAACGUAAUCGGUGCAAGCGAGAACAACGUGGCCGUGACCACUUUGCCGGAUGAGUAUGAAGGAUUUUGGCGAUUCGUUCUGAUACCAGCCUUUGACAGUACAUACCUCCAACUGGAUGGUGACGACGAGCGGGACCACUUUACCUGGGUCCACACGAAAGGUUUGCGUUCCUUCAAUGUCAAAGGCAUCCAGACGGGCCUGAGAUACUCUUGCCUCGCCGUUCAGAAGAGCUUCUCAAGCCUGGAGGGAUCGCCCCUGGAGGCGCACAUGAAGGUCCUUUGCCGGAUCUCGCAUCCUCACCUCUGCAAGGUCAUCGAAUGUUUCGAGGAGGACGAGGAGCGACUGGUGAUCUGUGAGAAGCCUUCCAAAGAGAGGCUCUUCACUGGUGAGACUGGAGAGCCAUGGAGUCUUGAUGAGACGACUGGUGCCGAUUCGCGGAAGAGUGAACGCAUUGUUGCGGAGAUGAUGCGACAGAUUCUGUCCGCCCUUGCGCAUGGGCAUGCGAGAGGAUGCGUGCACGCGAUGAUUACACCGGACAAGAUCAGGGUGAUGCAGCCGUCGUCGAAAAGCCAAUCUUCGAAGAUUCCCCAGCUCAAGGUCAUUGGCUUCGGCCUCGCAUAUGCCUUGCUGCCUCCACUGGGCAUCUUCUUGCAGAAAGACCUCGUGAAGAAGGAUCGCGACGUCGCUGCGAUGACAGGCCUCCCGUACACUGCUAUGGAAUCCAUGCUGUCCAAAGAAGUCUACCUGAACAACAUCCGAAGCCUCCAUGACUCAGGACCGGCCCAGGAGUCUGAAGAUUCUGCGGCACAGGCCUCUCCUCGCAUCUCGGUGCUGGACGAGUCGGGGGCACGAACUUCCAGCAGUUCGGCACCCCGCUCCACAGAUCUUCACCUGAUCGAUGGGCAGCUCAUGGGACGCUAUCCUCCAGGUGCUGAUAAGGCCGACGUCUGGGCAGUCGGGGCAUUGGCCUACCGACUACUGACCGGAGUCGCUCCGUUCCUGCCGAACCUGAGCACCAAGCGAAGGGAGAAGAAAGAGGAUCUCCUCAACUUCAUGCAAGAGGAGCCCAUCAAGUUUCUCAAGUCGGACUGGGCGAACCGCUCCUCAAAGUGCCUGGAUGCUGUUCGAUGCAUGUUGCGCGUGACACCCUCGCUACGUCCCAGCGCUGCUGAUCUUCUUCGUCACCCUUGGUUGAAGCUCGGCCGCGAGCCGGUGCCGUAUGUUCGGGUUCAUCGGCUGUUCGCGAACGGGUUGAACUACCUCAAGGAGACUCAGUUCAAGAAGUUGGUCAUCCGCGUCAUUGCCGAGCAGAUGCCCGAAACCGGCCCCCACAUGCAGCAGGCUCAAAGCGUCUUUCGAGCUCUGGACAGAGACCGAGACUGCUUGUUGAGCCCAGCAGAGUUUCUCGAGGGGCUACGCCUCUUCCCAGACUUGAUGGAACGCCUUGGUGAG